UUCACCUUUUUACCCACUGCUUGAUUUGCUCUCUCUCUCUGCAAACAAAGUACAAACCAACCAUGGAAGCUGUGGGAGACGCUCUUCUUUCUGCUGCCAUCGGCCUCUUGUUUGAUAAGUUGGCCUCCACUGAUUUGCUCGACUUUGCACGCCAACAAUGGGUGUACUCUGAUCUCAAGAAAUGGGAGAUAGAAUUGUCGAAUAUUCGUGAAGAGCUUAAUGACGCGGAGGACAAGCAGAUCACGGAUCACUCUGUGAAAGAGUGGCUGGGCAAUCUGAAGGAUUUGGCUUAUGAUAUGGAGGACAUCUUGGAUGGGUUCGCCUACGAAGCUUUGCAACGGGAACUCACGGCCAAAGAAGCUGAUCAUCAAGGCAGGCCGAGCAAGGUACGCAAGCUCAUCUCCACUUGUCUUGGCAUUUUCAAUCCUAAUGAGGUUAUGCGUUAUAUUAACAUGAGGUCCAAGGUGUUGGAAAUCACUCGCCGCUUACGAGAUAUUUCGGCUCAAAAAUCUGAGCUUCGUCUAGAAAAGGUGGCUGCGAUAACCAACUCUGCUAGGGGAAGGCCAGUCACCGCAUCUCUAGGAUAUGAACCUCAGGUCUAUGGCAGGGGGACAGAAAAAGAGAUUAUAAUUGGUAUGCUGCUUAGGAAUGAACCCACUAAAACCAAUUUUUCUGUAGUUUCCAUCGUGGCCACGGGUGGGAUGGGCAAGACCACACUGGCAAGACUGGUGUACGAUGACGAUAAGACCGUAACCAAGCAUUUUGAUAAAAAAGCCUGGGUUUGUGUCUCAGAUCAGUUCGAUGCAGUGAGAAUAACAAAGACAAUUCUCAACUCGGUGACUAAUUCUCAAAGCAGUGAUUCACAAGACUUGCAUCAAAUCCAAGAAAAUUUGAGGAAGGAAUUGAAGGGAAAAAAAUUUCUGAUAGUUUUGGAUGAUUUGUGGAAUGAUGAUUACUUUGAGUUGGACAGGCUAUGCUCCCCUUUCUGGGUGGGAGCACAGGGAAGCAAAAUUCUAGUCACAACUCGCAAUAAUAAUGUUGCAAACAAGAUGAGAGGACGCAAGAUCUUACAUGAGCUCAAACAGUUACCAUAUGAUGAUUGUUUGAAGAUAUUUCAAACACAUGCUUUUGAACAUAUGAAUAUCGAUGAGCACCCAAAUUUGGAAUCAAUUGGUAGGAGAAUUGUAGAGAAGUGUGGAGGUUCUCCCUUAGCGGCAAGAGCCCUUGGUGGCCUUUUGCGCUCUGAACUACGUGAAUGUGAAUGGGAAAGAGUAUUGUACAGCAAAGUAUGGAAUUUAACAGACAAGGAAUGUGACAUCAUCCCUGCCUUGAGAUUGAGCUACUAUCAUCUGUCUUCACAUUUAAAGAGGUGUUUUACUUAUUGCGCAAAUUUUCCCCAGGAUUAUGAGUUUACAAAGCAAGAGUUAAUCCUCCUGUGGAUAGCGGAGGGGUUAAUUCAACAAUCAAAAGAUAAUAGGAAAAUGGAAGAUCAUGGUGAUAAGUAUUUUGAUGAGCUAUUGUCAAGGUCAUUUUUUCAAUCGUCAAGCAGCAAUAGAUCACGAUUCGUGAUGCAUGACCUUGUCCAUGCUCUAGCUAAAUCUAUUGCUGGAGACACAUGCUUGCAUUUGGAUGAUGAGUUGUGGAAUGAUUUGCAAUGCUCCAUUUCUGAAAAUACUCGUCAUUCAUCAUUCACCCGUCAUUUUUGUGAUAUCUUUAAAAAAUUUGAAAGGUUUCAUAAGAAAGAGCACUUGCGCACAUUCAUAGCUUUGCCGAUUGAUGAAUCAACUAGUAGACGUCAUUCCUUCAUAAGUAAUAAGGUGCUUGAAGAAUUGAUACCAAGGUUAGGGCACUUAAGGGUGCUCUCAUUGGCUCGUUACAUGAUAAGUGAGAUACCGGAUUCAUUUGGUGAGUUGAAACAUUUGAGAUACCUUAAUUUGUCCUACACCAAUAUAAAAUGGUUACCCGAUUCAAUUGGUAAUCUUUUUUAUCUUCAAACAUUGAAAUUAUCAUGCUGUGAAAAGCUUAUCAGGUUGCCUAUUAGCAUCGGUAACCUAAUCAAUCUUCGACAUCUUGAUGUUGCUGGUGCAAAACAAUUACAAGAAAUGCCUGUACAAAUUGGCAAACUAAAAGAUUUGCGGAUAUUGUCUAAUUUCAUUGUGGACAAAAACAACGGUUUGACAAUCAAAGGGUUGAAAGACAUGUCACAUCUGCGAGAACUUUGCAUUUCGAAAUUGGAAAAUGUGGUGAAUAUUCAAGAUGCAAGGGAUGCCGAUUUAAAAUUGAAGCGUAACCUUGAAAGCUUGAUAAUGCAGUGGAGUUCUGAGCUGGAUGGUUCAGGGAAUGAAAGGAAUCAAAUGGAUGUCCUUGACUCUCUACAACCUUGUUUGAAUCUGAACAAACUCUGCAUUAAGUGGUAUGGUGGUCCAGAAUUCCCACGUUGGAUAGGGGAUGCCUUGUUCUCUAAGAUGGUGGAUCUCAGUCUCAUAGAUUGCAGAGAGUGCACGUCUUUACCAUGCUUGGGGCAGUUGCCAUCGCUCAAACAGUUGAGGAUCCAAGGAAUGGAUGGAGUAAAAAAAGUGGGUGCAGAGUUUUAUGGAGAGACUCGUGUUUCUGCAGGUAAGUUUUUCCCAUCACUAGAGUCUCUACAUUUUAAUCGCAUGUCAGAAUGGGAGCAAUGGGAGGACUGGUCUUCCUCAACAGAGUCAUUAUUCCCUUGUCUCCAUGAGCUUACAAUUGAGGAUUGCCCCAAAUUGAUUAUGAAACUGCCCACUUACUUACCUUCUCUUACAAAGCUCUCUGUUCACUUUUGUCCAAAAUUGGAGUCUCCACUUUCAAGACUUCCACUGCUGAAGGGAUUACAAGUAAAAGAAUGUAAUGAGGCGGUCUUGAGCAGUGGAAAUGACCUCACCUCACUCACCAAGUUAACAAUUUCUGGGAUUUCAGGGCUUAUCAAAUUGCAUGAAGGAUUUGUGCAAUUUUUGCAAGGGCUUCGGGUUUUGAAAGUAUCGGAAUGUGAAGAACUCGUAUAUUUGUGGGAGGAUGGUUUUGGAUCGGAAAACUCUCAUUCUCUUGAGAUUAGAGAUUGUGACCAACUUGUAUCCUUGGGAUGCAAUCUUCAGUCUUUGGAAAUAAGUGGAUGUGAUAAACUAGAGAGGCUUCCAAAUGGAUGGCAGAGUCUAACAUGCCUUGAAGAAUUGACAAUCAGGGAUUGUCCAAAGCUAGCGUCAUUUCCAGAUGUAGGUUUCCCACCAAUGCUGAGAAAUCUUAUUCUUGAGAAUUGUGAAGGUCUAAAGAGUCUACCUGAUGGCAUGAUGUUGAAGAUGAGGAACGACAGUACUGACAGCAACAACUUGUGUCUCCUUGAAUGCUUAAGUAUAUGGAACUGUCCAUCUCUCAUUUGCUUUCCAAAAGGGCAAUUACCCACCACCCUUAAGAGUCUACACAUAUUGCAUUGUGAAAAUCUCAAGUCUCUUCCAGAAGAAAUGAUGGGCACGUGUGCCCUUGAAGACUUUUCUAUAGAGGGGUGUCCGUCUCUUAUUGGAUUACCGAAAGGUGGGUUACCCGCCACUCUCAAGAAACUCAGAAUAUGGAGUUGUGGAAGGCUAGAGUCUCUACCUGAGGGAAUAAUGCACCAACAUUCCACCAAUGCAGCUGCUCUCCAAGUCUUGGAAAUCGGUGAAUGUCCAUUUCUCACAUCCUUCCCAAGAGGCAAGUUUCAAUCCACCCUUGAGCGACUUCACAUUGGGGAUUGUGAACGCCUCGAGUCAAUUUCAGAGGAGAUGUUUCACUCUACUAAUAAUUCACUUCAAUCGUUAACCCUCAGGAGGUAUCCUAAUCUCAAAACCCUACCAGAUUGCCUCAACACCCUCACAGAUCUACGUAUUGAAGAUUUUGAAAAUCUGGAAUUGUUGCUUCCUCAGAUAAAAAAGCUCACUCGUCUUACAUCACUCGAGAUCUCUCACUCUGAGAAUAUCAAGACCCCCCUAUCCCAAUGGGGCCUUUCCAGACUCACCUCUCUUAAAGACCUCUUGAUUAGUGGCAUGUUUCCAGAUGCAACUUCCUUUUCGGAUGACCCCCACUCGAUUAUUUUUCCUACAACUCUCUCCUCCCUUACCCUUUUAGAAUUCCAGAAUCUGGAAUCCCUAGCCUCCCUGUCUCUCCAAACCCUCACCUCUCUUGAAAAGCUAGAAAUCUACAGUUGCCCUAAGCUCCGAUCGAUUUUGCCAACGGAAGGACUAUUGCCUGACACCCUUUCACGACUGUAUGUGCGGGAUUGCCCACAUCUAACACAAAGGUACUCGAAGGAGGAAGGAGAUGAUUGGCCCAAGAUUGCCCACAUUCCCUAUGUGGAUAUAGAUGACCAAUCCAUCUGA